AUGUUGGGAUUCUUCUGGAAUAUCCGUGGUUUCAACAAACCAAUUAAACAUACGGUUGUCAAGAGAUGGAUUCAUAAUCAAGGGUUUCAAUUUGGUGCUAUAUUGGAAACCCGUGUAAAGGAAGGAAAAAGCGAGAGGGUAUUAAACUCAGCAUUCAAGGAUUGGUACAUGAUGUCAAAUUAUGAACAUAAUCCUUUGGGGAGAAUAUGGCUAUUAUGGAGGCAAGAAGUUCGGGUUACUCCGUUCUACAAGAGUGAUCAACUGAUCACAGUUUCAGUACAGUUACAAGAGAAUGCUGAAGAGUUUUUCUACACAGCUGUAUACGCUCACAACACAGAACAGGAAAGAAAGGAGCUCUGGAGUGAUUUAAAAAACCACCAGAACUCGCCAAUCAUCAGAAACCAAGCAUGGAUAGUUGUAGGAGAUUUCAAUGAAAUCCUUGACGUAGAAGAACAUUCAAUGCACGAUCAGAGAUCCACAAUAACCUCAGGGAUGCAUGACUUUCAGAGCGCAACUCAUCAUUGUAAUCUGUUGGAUCUUACGUCCCAUGGCCCUCCAUACACAUUGACAAACAAAAGAACUGAGGGGCUAAUCUCUAAGAAGCUAGAUCGUGUGCUGGUAAAUGACAAAUGGUUUCAGUUAUUUCCUCAGUCUUACAAUGUUUUUGAGGAAGGUGGAUGCUCUGACCAUCUGAGAAGUCGGUUUCAUCUUACUGAAACAAACCGACCGAAAAGACCAUUCAAAUUCGUGAAUGCUAUUGCUGAGCUAGAAGGGUUCCGACCUCUUGUCGCACAACACUGGCAGGAAACAGAACCUAUCUUUCUAUCUACCUCAUCUCUAUUCAGGUUCUCAAAAAAGCUAAAGGCUCUGAAACCAAAAAUCAGAGUGUUAGUGAAGGAACGCAUGGGUAAUUUAUCUCUAAAAGCAAAGGAGGCAUAUGAUGAUCUUUGUGUGAAGCAAGAAGAGAAUGUAAGAAAUCCAUCACCUCAAACUCUUGAAAGAGAGAACACAGCUCAUGCUCGCUGGGAACAUGUCUCUAGACUAGAGGAAGGUUUCCUGAAACAAAAAUCUAAGUUGCACUGGUUGAAGGUGGGGGAUAGAAAUAACAAAACAUUCCACAGAGCUGCUACAGCUCGAGAGGUGCAGAAUUCGAUAAAAGAAAUCACAUGUGGAGAUGGGCGUGUAGUGAAGGAACCGGAUGAAAUAAAGCAUGAGGCUGAAUCUUUUUUUCCGUGA